UGCUGGGGGCGGAGUGGUCACUGGGGAUUUAAAGAGCCACCACUUCCUUGAGCUUCCAGAGGGCACUGGGAGGGCAAAGCUGCUGAGGGAACACGCAGGACCGGACUGAACCUCUGCUCCCCCUGCCUAAGCCAUGCAACUCUGUGGGAGUGGUGCGCUGCUGACUGGGACAGCCCCUGAGGAGUGUCAGAAGCAGCUGAAGAAAAAGCAGAAGAACCGGCUGGCUGCCCAGCGCAGCCGGCAGAAGCACACUGAGAAGGCAGAUGCUCUGCACCAGCAGUGAGUACCCUGCACAGGGUCCUGAUGCUGACAUCCCUCCCUGCCACCUGCUUCUCCACCAGCAACACGAGUCCUUGGAGAAACACAAUCAUGCCCUUCGGAAGGAGAUCCAGGUCUUGCAGAAUGAACUUGCACGGUGGGGCCGGACGCUGCAUCUGCAUGAACGCCUGUGCCGAGUGGACUGUGGCUCCUGCCCUGCUCUGCUGCCCUCUGAAUGCCCAGUCCAGGAAGAGCAACUCUCAGGACAAUCUGCGUCCCAUGGAUACCCUGGCUCUCAGGAACAGCUGGACCUUCUCCAGACUCCUGGCUCCUCUCCCCCAGCCCAUCAGCUCUCUCCAGGUCCAUGCUUACACGAGUCUCUUGGCGUCCUCCCUUCCCCAUUGCCCUCACUGUCCUUUGACCCUUUCAUGGUGAGGGCCCCUCUAGCCCAGUUAUCCCCCAGCCCUGUACUGUCCGCAUCACCCCCUGGUUCCAGCCUUCCAGGGUCUUUCUCUAAGUUUGAUGACCUCAUGCCCAGCCCCCCAGACCAGCUGGUCCCUCCACAGCCCCUCAGACUGGAGCAUCCCACCAGCAGGAGGCUGGCAUCCUCCUCCAACCCUCCUGCUGCUCUGGGACCAGAGUGUCCACAGAACAUAGAGUGCUUGCCUGCACUGGCGGCCUCCUCAGCAGAUUGGCAGAAGCUGUCUGUGGACCCUAGUCCACACCUCCUCACGGCCUUCCCGCUGCUCUCUUCUGCAAAAGUCCACUUCUAGGCUAUAUCUAGAGUUGAGCUGCCUUCUCUAUGUUCUUGAAGCAGCCUCAGCACCCAGGUAGCUCCUCCAUUUCUGCUCCAGUUACUGAGUGCCUGCCGCUGUGGACCAAGCAAAGCCAUCCUCUCCCUCACCAGAAGCUACAGAAAAGGAUGAUGGGGGGAGGGUGAUGCAAGACCUUGAACCUGGCUGUAAUAUUGCCUGUGUUUUUCUUGGUGGCUCUCCCAGCCCUGCAUGGCAUCAGGUCCCAUUAUCCUCAGGCUCCCCUAAAGUGGUUCCUUCAUGACUCUUGGGACUGCGGCCAUGACAGCUAGGAGAGUGGAUGGGAGUUCUGCAGGGUUAUUAGCUCUGAAAGGGCUGUCGUUCAAACAGCACCCAAAGUGCCUUGAGCUCUUCACCAUGCUUUCACAUCUGGAACUGAGUGAGAUGGUGUGUCAGAAGUGGACUCAUUCCUGGAUCAGAACACACAUCUCAGCACAUGUGAUGAUAAAUAAAGUGUUUCCCAGA